AAGCGUGACAAUUGACGAAUAUACCACGCGUUGCGUUAGGCUAGAUCCGCUCCCCUGCAGGCCACGCCUUCUCGCCGCUCGCGGAACCACCGCCGCCACCUCACCACUCCAGCUCCAGCCCCCGCCCGCCAUAAUCGCGUCCCCUUCUCGUCCUUCCAGAGCUUCUUAAACCACCCGGCCCGCUCCCAGCGUCCCUUCUCCGCCCACAGCCAGCGGCGAACUCGAUCGAGCAGGAUGGGGUUUAUCGGCGCGCACGGCGUGGAGACGCUGAAGCGGUAUAGGUACAGUGGAGAGGACCGCUCGGUGGUGGCCAAGUACGUGCUGCAGCCCUUCUGGAGCCGAUGCGUCACUCUCUUCCCGCUCUGGAUGCCACCAAACAUGAUCACACUUACAGGAUUUUCGUUUCUAGUACUAUCAGCGCUGCUUGGCUAUAUAUGUUCGCCUCACCUUGACACUGCUCCCCCUAGGUGGGUCCAUCUUGCCCAUGGAUUACUUCUCUUCUUGUACCAGACUUUUGAUGCUGUUGAUGGUAAACAAGCAAGGCGUACUAGCUCAUCGAGUCCUCUUGGAGAACUUUUUGAUCAUGGAUGUGAUGCACUUGCGUGUGCUUUUGAAGCAUUGGCCCUUGGAAGCACCUUGAUGUGUGGAGGAUGGACACUUUGUUUCUGGGUAGUUGCCGCUGUCCCGUUCUAUCUUGCAACCUGGGAACACUUCUUUACAAAUACGCUCAUUCUGCCUACAAUAAAUGGACCAACGGAGGGCCUGAUGCUGAUCUAUGUAUCACAUUUGUUUACAUUUUUUACUGGCGCUGAAUGGUGGGCACAGGAUUUUCGGAAAUCACUACCCUUUUUCGGUUGGAUUCCACUUCCAUUUCUUUCUGAAAUUGAAAUUCCUUUAUAUGUUCUUGUGCUGAUUCUUAUGAUCGUAUGUGCUGUUAUACCUACUGUUAGAUCCAAUGUCAGCAAUGUCCAAGAGGUAGUUGAGGCACGAAAAGGAAGCAUGGCAUUAGCAUUAGCCAUGAUCCUUCCUUUUAUUGUACUGUUAGCUGGAGUUGCUAUCUGGUGCUAUCUUUCUCCUUCAAGUAUAAUGAGGAACCAGCCACAUUUGCUCGUGAUUGGAACUGGCUUUAAUUUUGGAUAUUUGGUGGGAAGAAUGAUACUUGCUCAUUUGUGUGAUGAACCCAAAGGUCUAAAAUCUGGGAUGUUCAUGUCUCUGGUGUUUCUUUGUUUUCCAAUUGCAAAUGCUCUCAUUGCAAAGAUCAACGAUGGGAGUCCUUUAGUUGAUGAGCUUGUUCUGCUGCUGCUUUAUUGUGCAUAUACAGUGGGUCUCUACCUGCACCUCGCUGUGUCGGUUGUGCAUGAAAUCAAGGAUGCCCUUGGAAUCUAUUGCUUCAGGAUAACUAGAAAGGAGGCUUGAACUUUGUAGUGAAGAUAUAUUAUUAUUACUUCACAAGUGCUAGCGAGGAGCAACACAGUUCGUCACCGUGCACGCUGGGAGUGUGUGUGCCCCUCUGAAAUGCCACAGCCAUCUGUUUGUUGAGCAGAGGGAUCUAGGGAUUGUAUUGCGCAGUUAUCUUGGUCAUAUAACAAUAUAGCAGUGUGAUGUACACUGUAGUAGGGUCGUUAGAAGAUAUACUGUGAAAAACUUGCUUGGAGAAAGUGAUCGUAGCAUGUGAUUAUCUUGGUUAUUGUCUACACCCUCCGUUUUUUUUUAAAAAAAAAAUAUGUAUUAUAUUUCGCUAUAAAUCUAGAUAAACAUCUAUUUAGACUCGUA